AUGUUCAAAGUGGCAAAGAGUGGGCCUCUAAACAAUGUCACGCCACAUCGGGAGAGCUUAAAGAGACCGCAAGAGUCAUCAACUCAAUGUUACCCUGCAGCUGGAACCAAAAAACAGAGGACGCCAGAGGAAGCGUCGAAGGCUAUCUGCCGCAUGGCACUGAUGGCAGCCUUCAGCAGCAUAGAAAAGUGCACAACUACCAACACUUUCAGUACUGACACUGACAGAUGGUCAACGCCACUUCGACCUCCGUCCGCACUGAAUAAAUCCCAGAGUCCAGCAUCCUUUGAAAGGAGCAGCAUGGAUCUUACUUGCUCUUCAAUUGAGCCUGACCGAUCUGAGGAAAGCUUCGCUGCCAGUGAAGAUCAGUGCUCUAUUCUACUGAUAUCCGACGACCCAGAGAUCCAAAUUGACAGUCCACAGCCACAAAGAUAUCAACCCAAUUUCACAGUACAAAUAAAGAAUUCACCUGAAAACUGGGUGGCAGGACAUAUCGGACAGACAGCCCCUGAAUUAAACCUGUUUAUUCCCAAAAACGAGCUGGAAGGCGACGACAGUUCCUCGUCCCUCCCUGAGUUGGAGGAAAUUCCUCGUUUUACUACUCCUGUCACCUUCAGUUCCACUAAUGAAGACACUGAUGCUGCUCAGGCAACUGCUGAAGACACAGAGGAAGCUUUUACAUUCCCGCAGAGGACUGUGGAGUUCAAACAGCCCGACUCAUCCAGCAGGAGCUCUUCACCGCCAUCCCGAGUCCAGACUGAGACUUUCCGCCCGUCCAGCACGGUCCGGUCGCGAUGGUCUGAUCCCGUCAGUGUGGCCCGGCAUUCAAGUCGAGGGUCCAGCCGGGACUCCCUCCCCUCACGGAGGCGGUCAGAUGGUGCCUCCUCAGUGCGUUACCCAAAGUCCUCGGCUGCCCGUCGUUUACCAAGAAGAAGAUUGUCCCUGGAGGCUCGACCGUUAUGGACCAGACCUCCCCUGCAGGACAGCCAGCUUGGUUUCAUCGACACACACUGCCAUCUGGACAUGCUCUACGGAAAGCUGGGUUUCCGUGGGACGUUCAGCAGUUUCCGUCGGAUGUAUCAGAGCAGCUUUUCUUCCGAGUUUCACGGCUGCAUCACAGACUUUUGCAACCCAGGAGUCAUGGUGAAGGAGGCCCUGUGGGAGGGUUUACUGGCCGAAGACAUGGUGUGGGGGGCGUUUGGCUGCCACCCUCACUUUGCCAAAGACUACUCAAGUGUUCAGGAAAACAACAUCUUGACGGCAAUGAAGCAUCCAAAAGCUGUGGCGUUCGGUGAGAUGGGGCUGGACUAUUCCUACAAAAACUCCACCGACUCCUGCACCCAGAAAAAGGUGUUUGAGCGCCAGCUGCGCCUGGCGGUGGCUCUGCAGAAGCCUCUGGUGAUCCACUGUCGAGAUGCAGACGACGACCUGUUUGCAAUCAUGAAGAAGUGUGUUCCCAGGGAUUACAAAAUUCACAGACACUGCUUCACAAACAGCUACCCAGUGAUCGAGCCAUUCCUCAGAGAGUUCCCCAACCUCUAUGUGGGCUUCACAGCUCUGAUCACAAACACCAGAGCCACAGGCGCCAGAAAUGCUGUUUGCCAGAUCCCCCUGGACCGCAUCGUGUUGGAGACCGACGCUCCAUAUUUCCUGCCACGAGAGGUCAGUAAAGACACCUGGAGGUUUUCAACCCCUGGAAUGGGCAUCCACACUCUGCAUGAGCUGAGUCUCCUGAAGGGCGAGGACAUGACCACGGUGUUCAAAACCGUCCGAAACAACACCACCCAGCUGUACGGCAUCUGA